GAAUACGAGUUGAGGGACGAGCUAUGGUUCAUCGAAUUCGGUCGCGGUGCAGCAUUACCAUUGACUCCAGAAGAAGCACCGGUAGACGGGGAACCGGUGGUGCCCUGUGCUCAGGGUCGCAUUGUUGUGGAGACAGCGAGGCCAGCGCCACCACAUUUUGCUACCUGCUCCACCUAUCGCAGACCGUUUCUCAGUCGCACAUCAAACGAUGUGUCGGUUAGCGAUGGAACAGCACCGUCAUCAAGCGGGACGGAGCAAAGUCAGCAAGAACAGUCACAACAGCAGCCACAACAAACCGUUGGCGGCAAAGGCGCCGUCAGCAAGGGCACAACGACACCGCAGAGUCCUGCCAUGAGGCCGGAAGACCUUAGUGUGAAGCCCUGGUACAUGGAGGAUUAUGCGGCGUCUGAUACUUCGCCGGGACCGAUGGGUAAUCGAAGCUCGUACCUCUCGUACGCUGACAGUAGGGAUGGAAGAAUGGAUUUGAACUCGACGAGAAAUAGCAGUAUCGAGAGUGAAUUUCCGAAAUCGACGGUACCACGGAAGGCUUGCAUGGAUCUGAAGACCGCGAUGGCAUUGCUGGAUGAGACCUGUCCGAACGUAGAACCCAGUCCGUCUCUCACUCCGAGAACACCCAGAACGCCGCUCACACCAUAUGCAACACGGAGCAAACGAGCUCGCUCCAAGAGCAGUGACAAUUCGUCCAAUUACAGCAACGAUCGGUUGAGUGAUCGCUCAUUCGAGGUAGCUAAAGACAAAGAAAAGAAGAGACCAUUCCUCAAAAAGAUUGGUAUCUCGAAGACGGAGGAUCGACCAUUCCUGGCAAAGUUGGCACCGAGAAUCAUCGGCAAGCCUUAUCUGCAAAAGAUCGGACCUAGUAAAGCUAUUGAGAAACCGUUCCUGGAUAAGAUCGGCUCGUCCAAGACUCUAGAUAAAUUUAUCUUUGAUACGUCGCAUAAUGAACGCAAGAACGAACUUAGAAACGCAAGGACGAAUGAGGCGAUAAAAUAUCAUGACGGGACAAAAAAUAACAUUAGACAUGAGAUCGAGCAAAUUGCUAUCGAGGAAGAUGCUGAGAACCUCAUUGAAACACCAGAGGUAACGGCCGUUAUUUCCCGCCUAGAAGAAGUGCAACGUAAAUCUGCCGAGGCCUCGCAAACGACCUUCGAGAGAAGACGUUCGGGUAAAGAGUUUCUGCUGAAGAUGUAUUCCUUUGAGACAGAAGAUCUGGAGUCUCCUGUACCGUCAAAGGAACAAAACACACAACUCGGCACAUCUCUGGACGAUGUGCUGGAUUCAGGCCCGAACUCGUUGCCGACUGACAACAGCGACGAGCGAGCGGAAUCGCGACAAGAAUUGGAAAAAAGACCGACCAGUGUAACUGCCGAGUUAUUAAAGUGCCGAGUGACCACUAGCGAGGAGAUCAUAUCCUCCUCUACCACAUGUUUAAAUUCACCGAGUGAAACUAACAGUUGGAACAACUCACCACGAAGAGCGCAGCGAACGAAAAAGGAUUCGACCACUAUGAUUCGACGCAGAAUCUUUCAGGGUUCUUCUCACGAAGUCGUUCGCACCGACAACAGCACGCCAAACUCACCCACAAAGAGGCCCAUUUCGAGUGUCUCGCCUGACCGCGAAAUCGAGUCCAGAAGUAACACUCUGGAGAAAGCAACUCUUUCCCCGACGAAGAACAGGAAAUCGAACAUCGAAAAUAUUAGAACGGUUGAAAAUACACGCAGAUCAAUCAAGUACAAUCAGUUUGAAAGACGGGGCAUCUCCUCGGACAAUCUCUUGGCGAAAGACGCUCUUUCCUUCGUCACUGCCUCUCGUACUAUGACCGAUAACAUCGGGAGAACACGGGAGAUCUCGUCGGAAGAUUCGUUAGCGACACAUAGAGAAUAUACGAAAGAAACGUUCAAACAAUUGCAAGAUAAAUUCAAGCUGCGAGAAAUACCUAUGGAAAGUUAUGCGACUUUCAAACGGCGCACUAAAGGCGUUCCGGGAGCAAUAAGUCGACAAGAAAGACUGAAUCUUUUACCAGGCGAUCUUGAUUUGACCAUAAAGAGCAUAUUUGGGACAGAUAAUGUUGCAUCGACUGACAAGAAUGCAAGCGAAACUGCCAUAGACAAACGAGAUCAAGGUCAAGAGGGCACAGUAAGAUCCAUUUUGAGAAAGCAAGAGGGGAUUGAUCAUCCCGAUCAAGAAUCGGACACAAACGCAUCCCUUAGGCGGCCUUUGAGGCGGAUUUUUCAUGAACCGUCACAAGAGACUAUGGAUUUAUUGACGGAACUGCGCAAGGUGAAGAGCUUGUUGAAAACUCCAUCCUGGGAUAAAGAUCUGGACCUCGAUCAGAAACCGGAGCGGAUGCCAAAGCGUAUUUCGCUAACAGACAAGGAAUUCUGUCUUUCGGUAGAACGGGAGAACAGCGUGCGACGUCCAUCGAGAAUGUUCAACUCGCUGGAAACUACAGAAGAGGGUAGAAUUAUGUUAAAGCAGGAAGAUAAAGAAAACAAAGAGAGCAAGAAGACAAGGACCGAUCAGAAAUCAUCUGGACCAGCUCUGUUCGAAAAGAAAUGUCUAUCGUUGGACUAUGCUGACGAAGAAAAGCCUCCGAAGCCAGAAGCCAGGGCGAUCUCUUUGGCCUCUGCGAGGGACCUGCCGUCCGAAAUCGAGGGGACCGACGAUUAUCCCGACAUGAUUUACGACUCUAAGAGUUGCUUCUCGAGCGUCUUCAACUCACCGUCCGAGGAGACGAAUAACAAAGAUCUUAUCGGCGAGACAACGGAGGAAGAACAAAAGCUGAAAAAGCCCAGUCAGAAUCAUUGCGCCGAGGUGGACAUCGCCAUUCCCGUCGAUCAGAAAAUGAACAGUUCCAAAGGAGACGUCCAAGGACGAACCAGUGAUCUCUACGAGAUUAUAUCGCCCCGUUCGACGCCAUUCCGCGUUAAGAAGCGACUCGGCAAAAUCUCCGUUGAGGAAACCGUCAAGCCGGAGAAUUUCACCCUCGGUUCUAAGGUCGACUGCCGAUCGGUCGUUGCUCAGAAACGGACCAAGUGCUUCCCCUUAUAACGCACGUCGAUCUGCCCGUGGGCGAGAUUCUCUAGGGUACUGACUCAUGUUUGUAUCGUAAAAAGAUACGUAAAUAACAUUGUAUCUCAUCUUAAUCCCUUCGAUACCAUGUUCAAUAAAAAUGUAUUGUGUCGAAUAUUUAAUAUUUCUAGUAUCUUAUUUAACAAAAAAAAAAAGAACUGUAUUUAUUCGGCAGAAUUCAAUGUAAACUAUCUUAACCGAACAUGUUUUAUGAUUGCAUAUUGAUAAGAAACGAGAAUUACUCGUUAAAUGAUUAUAUCAAAAAAGUAUUAUUGUGUGACGCGUAAGGGUAUUGAAAGGAUUAAAUCUAUCGAGUAAUAACAGCUAUGCUCUACGUUCGUCUUUAUACGGUACAAGCAUUUCUUCUUGAGUCGCUUCUAAGAUCAAAAUAAUUAAUAAUUGAAUCUCGUCAAUAACUCGCCUAAUAGAAAAAAAAUGUCUCAAUGAAUUCGCAUUAAACGGAUAUUUUUCUGACCUGAUAAUCGUUUUGAGACAACUUUGUACACUAUCGCUAUUAGUUCUCAAUUAAUCGAAAUUAAACGUGCGUAUAAGCGACGAGUAGAAAUUUCUAGUUCUACUUUGUAUAAGCGGAUAUAAUAAUGGCAUCUGCUAAAUACGACUUUCUAACUUUUAAAUAGUCCUACAUGUUGCAUUUUUACAUUUUUGUUUAACUUUUUCAAUAUUGUCUCGGAUAUGAUAAACAAUAGAAAAUAUAAUGAUAAGUAAAGAGUACUUAGAAAGUGAGCAUGACGAUAGCAGAUGCCAUUUCGUUUCGCUCUAUUGUACGUAUAAUAUAAAGAUGUUAAUCUAAUCUUCUAUUAGUCAAACAAAAUGACAUCCUCUCGAAAGUAUAACCGACUUCGAUUAUGCGAUUGUUACAAAGAGGUGGAUAAAGAACAACGGUAAAAGGUCAUUGUGUGAUUACUCGCAAUUAAUGAAAAAUAAAGAACCGCCAGUUUUAUGAGGAGGAUCUGUCCAGGUUAGAGCCUAAUUUCGGAGUUUUCGACGCAGCAAAAUCCGGGAUGUGUGAGAACUCCUAUUGAAAUAUUCUAAAGUGCACCCCGACCAUUUUUUACUCGAGAAAGAUGGCCCGAAAUGGAAAUAAAAGCUCGAUGUGGCUGUAGAGAUUUUUUACUCGACUUGCGAGGACGUCCGGCAAAAAACCCUUCUGUCGAACAGAGAGUGCCUUGUUCAUGUGAAUAUAUUAUAUAUUAUUUAAACACAAAGAGAGAACAAACAUACGCGAAAAAGUCCUAAUCGACAAUUUAAUUCCGACUGCGCGCCGGAUUUUCUGAAUGGGUCCACGGAGUCGCGCUUUCAUCGAGUGACAUCGCAUAGACAAUUCUCUCCUUUUCUCUCGUAUUUUCUUCCUGAAGAAGAUUCUUAAAAUAUUGGGAGACUCAAUCGCGAUCCUUAAAUUCUUAAUGAUUAAAAUUAACUUUUAAAUCAAAAAGAAAAGUUUAAGGGAUCUAUUGACGAUUGGAUAGUUUGGAAGAAUAUUGCGAGCUCGAGAGAGAGUACGAUUCCCACGCAGAUUAUAAUGCGCCUGCCAAGCCUGCUUUACGUUCGGCAUGGCAUUUAACGUUUUAGCGGCAUAAAAAACUUAUAUAUGUAUAAAUAAUUGCUGAUUAAUAGCGUUUCUCUUAUAUAAUUUUCCAGAGAUAGGUAGGGUCGACAACGCACUAAAAUUGACUAUACGGAAAGUAUAUUUAAAAAUAUAUAUAUAGAUAGACGUAUAUAUAGAAUAUAUAUAAUAUAAAGUACGUAUUGACACACCGAUAUUUCAGCGUUUGCGCGAAUUAAUAAUGUCGGUGUAGAUGCACUCUUACCUCAUAAACUAAUACUUUUUAAAGCUUAAAAAUCUCUCUCUCUCUCUCUCUUUCGCUGUCUUUUUAAUAAAUGCUGUAUAAUAAUUGAUAACGCUGGUACUUUCAUAAAUUUAUCAGAACGGAAUUAUGUUCUCGUUUGAUACAAGUUUAAAUCUUUAAGCUUUCUUAAAUAACGAGAUUAAGUGCGUUUUAUCUCGAAACAUUAGUUGUCUCAAACUUCGAAUUCUUCGAACCCAAGCAUUACAUCCGCAGUGUAAAAGCACAAAGAUACUUUGUAACUAAAUGCAUCUGGACCGACCUUAUGCACGUGUGCAUUCGGUAAAUAUUAAAAAUUAACGCAAGCAUACGUGUACACAUAUAUAUAUAUGUAUGCAUGUAUAUAUACAUAUUUAUACACGGAUGCACGUACUUAGCAAAGUAUAAUUAUACGGAUUCUCAAUAAUUAGUGAGAUGUGCCAAAGAAAAAUUUAUUGUAUGUUACGAAGAAGUUACUUUUAUAUAUACACGUUACAGAUAUGUAAUAUAUAUAUAUAUAGCUGUGUGCACGCGCGCAAAAAUGCGUGGCUGUGUAUGAAUGUAUGUGCGCGCGGCUCUCAGUGCAAUUGCAUUCGAUAUGUGUAUGUAUAGCGCGUACGAAGUAAGUAUAUGCAUAUACGGCUAGGAAUUUACAUAUAUCGCAUGUGCAUACAAUCGGGAUAUGGCACGAAAAUGCACACAUAUCUACGGCUACGUGUGCAUCAAGGAGGAUCACGAUCCGCUAUUUUCUCUGCGUGCGCACACUUAAUUUAAUUAAUUCAUAACGAGCGGAACUUGCCAUCCUUAUCACAAUCUCAUUUCCUAACUAAAACGCAUUUAAAUGUCGCGCACGAUGAAUGUUUUAAUCGUUAAAUGUAAUUCUCCGCUUACAAUGCAAAUAUAACGUCGUAGUGCAGUGUUAGAUAUAUAAAUUAUACCUCUUCAAUUCGAGACUGUAAAUAAUUCUUCCAUUUUAUAAAUAGCACAAAUGCUCGGACAAAUUGCGGUAAAAAGAGACAUUUUUUUCUCGCUAUUCUAGUGUCUUUAAUUCUGCCGAAUACGUGCCAGGGUUGAAAAAUAAAGCUUUACAUUG